AACAGUUAUAGACAUCGUUCCACUUGUGGUUUGUGCACCGUCAAUAAUGUCAUAUUUGGAUGAAAAUCAUUCGCCAUCAAUACACGAGAAAUUUUUUCAAAGAGAAACUAUCGAAAACAAACCGCGACCCAAUUAUCCGUAAUCAAUCAUCAACAAUUUCAUUGUGUUUUGAUGAAAUCGCGAUGAAUUAAAGCAAUUUUCGACGGGAACUCAUUCAUGACCACUCCGCCUAUGCGUCCGACCAGUCGGCAAACAGGUACAAAGUCGAUCGGUUUCCAACCCGCACGAGUCCGGUUUUUGUUUAAUAUUCCUUAGGAGAAUCACAACUGGUCGCUGUAACAUCGUGUAUAGUGUGAACGAGAGAAGAAGCGACACGCUGGAAUUUUUAAACCGGCCACCGAAAGUUAAAUGUUAGUGCUGUGUUGUGAGUGAGCGUGUCAAGUGGUUAAUUGACCGAUUCAUUUGCAAAAUUGGUGAAGAAUUGCAGGAAAUUUUGUAAAUGGGUUGGUAGAAUUUGGUUUCUUUCACAUUUUUACUUGAUUAGGUAAACUUGCUGCACAAUGAAGAUUCUCCCCCACCAAUCAAGCCGAUAACUCCGAAGUUGACCUGUGAUAACACGUAUUUGGAUUCUCAAGUUAGUGUUGGUUGUGCCGUUCAAAAGAAACAUGUUGCCUAAGACUAAUUCCUGUUCAAUAUUGUAUAUACUUUUCGCCUGGUUUCUGGGCAUGUGCUACGGCUUCGUUUUAUUAUCUUCCGCUGCUGGACACAACGUGGAACUUAAUCUUUUCGAAGCUGGCGAAGCUUUGAGCUACAAACUACACUCCACGGUUCUGCUGAACGAAAAGGAUGAUAAUAGCAAGAAUGUUGGAUUCUUUGUGGAUGGUGACGUGGUUGUCACGACACUCUGGAGUAAUGGCAACAGCAGAAUAUUACAAAUAGAAAUUAAAGAACCAAAACUUAAUAUUAAGUCAAGGAAGGCACCUGCACCAGAUGGUUUUGUGCCACACGCUUCCAAGUUGGAGAAGUUGUCCAAUAAACCUUAUCUAGUCGUUUGGAAUAAGGGAAAGAUUGAUAAAGUAUUGAUACCGAAAGAUGAGGCAACUUCAAUAGUCAAUCUUAAAAAAGGAGUUGCUAGUUUGUUCCAAUUUCAGAUUUUGGAUGGCGAAAUCCGUGAGACUGACGCUUCAGGAGAAUGUACUGCAAAAUAUUCAUCAACAUCUCAAGAUAAAUUUGUGAAGACUAAACAAGACUGUAUAUCUCCAGAUUAUUCCUACAUUUACAAUCCUGAGCCAAUUUUAGGAACAAUUAUAAAAUCAACAAGGCACACAGAAUAUUAUUUGGAUCUAACAAACAAUAUUAUAAAAUCAAUAACUUCUAAGGAGAGCCAUCAAAUGUUCGUUUCGGCGAAAGAAGACUUGGGUAAUUUUGUUGAAACGGAACAAGUUUUAACUCUAUCUGGUCAGGACAAAUCUCAGUAUUUUACUGGGGAUGAUUUAGAAACAGUUCUGUCUCAAAUCGUUACUUCUAGUGGUAUAUUUUAUACUCAGGAAUCUCUUCUAACGGACAAGGAGGAAGAUAACAAAGAAGAUAUUCAAAGUUUUCCUAUUCUAGUGAACGAAUUAAGGAAUAGUUUAAAGAAUGAAGCUUUGGGAGGAUUAAAAUCAGCUAGAAGCUUUAUAAAGCUUAUUAAUUCGGGAAGAAGGGCCAGCAAAGCGGAAAUCACCAAAGCUCUUGACGCUAAGGAGAAUAAAAAUAUACUUUUACAAUUGUAUGAUGUGUUGGGUUUUGUUCAAACUAUUGAUUCACAUGCAGCUGUGAACAAAAAAUUAAAAUUUGAUAAUGAACAGAGUAUCGAUCAAAAUGAAAGAUAUUUAUGGGCCUUGUCCAUUUGUUCCCAACCAAAUCCUGAUGUCAUGAUCGACCUUUUAAAUAAGUACAAUAAAAACAUGAAUAUCCUAGCUAAAGUUAAAGAAACUAUUAUUCUCACUUUGGCUUCAAUGAGCUCCAGACUAAGAAAAUUGAAAGGGCAAGACACUGUUAAAUCUAAGGUUCUCCGUGAUGUGGAAGAAACUAUAUUAAACAAUUUGGAUUAUGCAAAGGGAGAAGAACGUUAUCAAUUCUUCCGUGCUCUGAAUAAUUUAAAGUCCGAAAGAACGCUUCCAACUCUCGUAAAUUAUAUUAAAUAUGGAAGUCCAAAAGAAGGAUAUUUGAGUUGGAAAGCGAUUAGAGCAUUAGACAAAUCUUUUUGGAAUAAAUCUGUUCUGAAAGCUGCAGAAAAAACCUUCUUCCAAUUGGACAAAAAGCACGAUACAAGUUCCAGAACUAUUUCAGCUGAUAUUAUUCUUUUGUCCAAUCCUUCGGAUGAAAUUAUUAAAAAAUUGUUGGAAUAUUUAUAUUCUAAAGAUCCUGCAUUUGAAAUCAAACAAUAUGUACUGCAAACUCUUAAAAUGUUGGCCGAUGAGAGUCCUGAGUUUAAAGAGAAGUUGAUGAAAAUUAUCAGAAGCGACAACAAACUGAACAACUACUCUACGUUGUCGCCAAGAGGAAUGUCGACUGCUUUAACUAGAAGCUUCAUGAAAACACCCUCCAGUAACGGAAGCCUUGUAUCGCUGCAAGAAUUGAAAAACGGAAUCGUAAAACGAGGAACAGUCAAUAUCAUGAUGGACAAAGAUGGCUUCUCUCAAGAAAUUUUCAGCCUUGGUAUAUUUUCUGGUGGUCUUUCCAGUUUCAUGUCCAGUAAUGGUGACAACGAAGUCGAGGAUGAUGAGUCGGCGAAUGCCGGUAUGGAACUAACAGUUCUUGGAACGCAACUCAGACCGUUCGUUUUCUUCAGCGGACAAGGAGAACUUAUGGGUCACGUUUGGUCUGGAACUGCUUCCGAGAAAACGCCAGCGUAUCAAGCUAAUGCAUUGUUGCAAGAUCAUUUGGAAUACCUACGGCUUGGGUCUGGGUUUAUUGCCGAGUUGAACGUUAAAGGAGCAUUGAGUUUUGAUUUGUCUGGUUCAGUUAAGAUUUCAAUUUUUUAUAGUACUGCAGAGUCACUGGUGGAAAAAUCAGCUGGAAUUUUGUUAGUGGGAUCAACCAAAGUUGAUACGGCAUUUGUGAAGUCUCAAGUCGAAUUUACUGCAUCUAUUGAACCUAAAUUGAACCUUCAAACUGAUAUCGAUUUUUCCUCUAAAAUGAAUUUGUGCAUGAGACUGACGCAACCUGAAACAGUAUUCAGGCAUAAUAUCUUCAAAAUUGAAAGGAUUCCUGGAAGCAAACACAAACUGAGGAUAGCCAAAUAUAAAAAGUAUAAUGUUUCGGGAGUGACUUAUUCGCUUAAUAGAAAGAACAACGAGAUGUGUAGUACAAUUUUUAAAUGACUUUAAUCAAUUGUUAGUGCUGUGUCAGAGACUGUAAUUACCUCUUUUUAAGUUAUUCAAAGAUUAUAAAAUAUAUGUUAUUUAAAAUCCACAA